AACUGAGGUCGCGGCUCUCACAGGGGCGACUCGGGCUCCAGCCCCGCCGGGACGGGCGUAGGGCUCUGCAGGUCAAAAGCUGGGGUAAGGGGUGUUUGUCCCCAGGGGCAGGAUCGGGGAACAGAAAAAAGCUUGCAAAAGACAGCACGCGCCGCCCAGAGCCGCGGGGAUGGGGCCUGUGCCCGGGGGGCCACCUCGCUCUUAGCCACCUCUCUCCUGCACCUUAGGCGCUGUCUCCUCCACCGAACCCCCAGCUCCUGCGUCCCUAGCAAGAGAGCAAGAAAAAAGGGGGCACAGAGAGGCUUCCCGGAGGCGGGCAGACAGGGCCCCUGUGGUCCUGGGAGCUUUGAGCUGAGAGCUGGAAGCCCAUUCUUCAAUCAGUCCCCAGACUCUGUCUUCUCCUCUCUCUUUCCAAGUUAUCCCUUGGCCCGCUGGCCUCCCGCAGAAAGCAAAGAGAACUAGACAGCGGUGAGAAUCGGAAGAGGGUCUGCUAGCCCUGAGCUCCCGGCCUGGAGCCUCCCUGUCUGUCCUCACACCUGUGUCCCUCUGGAGGCCCAGAAAGUCCUGGUUCUACUGCCAGGCAUCUGUCCCCUUGAAUCCCUCUGGUGGGGAAGGUUCCCAGGCCCACCCCUCAAGAUUGCCAGGAGGCGACAACCCACCCAGGAUGCUCCUCCCCACCCCGCUCUGCAGACAAAGGUGUCCCAGCCUGGCCCGCCAUUCACACCACGCCCUGGCCCAGCCAGGCCCAAACCUCAGAUCUCGUACCUAAGUUAGGGACUGCUGUAGGGUCCCCAGGCCUGGCCAGUCCUGCGCUCUCCACACCUUCUCUUCAAGGGUGCCCCAGCAGUCUCCCCUGAGGUAGGCUGUGGGGACGCAGGCCUGAGCCGGUUAGUGAUGUUCUGGGUUCAGAACUUGGCUGAUUGAGAUGUGUUGGUUCCAGCUCGCCUGGCGCCUUGCAGCUCGCAGCCACCGGAGGAAUAGGACAGAGGGAGGGGCUGAGAGUGUGCCUGCCCAGUCUGUACGUAUUUAAUUUACAAAGGAGCCACAGAACCCCAGCUGGCUGGGUGGUCUCUUGAAAUGCACCACGCAGCACCCAGUCUCUUUCCCCCACCCCCUCCUGGGCUCAUUAAAAUGCUUAACACUCAAAUAGGGAUAUUGAUCUCUGCAGAGGUCCCAAACCUGCGCACUAUUGACUGCCAAGUGAGACCUUCGCCCACCCGCCUGGGCGUGGGCUGGGGGGGAGGGGGCUCACGUGCCCGAGAUCCCAAUGUCUACAAAAGGGACAAGGAGCUGAGGCUCUGGUUCUCCAGGAGCCCAAACCCCUUUCUGGUUCUGGCCAGCAGCUCUGUCUCUUGGGCUGCUGUAGGCAGCACCAAGGCCCGAAGGGGUUUUAGCCAAAUGCCUCGACAUCCCUGUGUCUCCACCUCCCUGUCGCUAGAUCAAGUGUCUGGUUUUGCCAGAUAGGGAGAGUCGAGAACAGCAAGUCCUGAAUCUGCUGAGGCCAGCUGUUGUGUGAGGGUGUGAGACAGCGGGGUGGUGGCGUGCCAUCACACUUGGGGGACAGUGUGUGUGUGUGUGUGUGUGUGUGUGUGUGCGCGCGCGCUAGAGAGGCUAUGAAGAUACUGGCGGGAGUGUGUGGGGGUGCAAAUGUUAAAAUCUUACGUCCUCCUCCCACAGUGUUCAAGAAGAGCAGACGUUUUGUACCGAGCCCUGUCCCUGCCACUAUCCCCUGCAGCUCCAGUGCCCCAUUCGCCAGGAACUGACAGUGGGGUGCCUGGGUGACACGGCGCCCCACCUCUCCUCGCGGUAGCGCUGUGGACCGUGGGCUGCAAGGGCUGACUUUGCCACAAAGGCCAGACGUAAAGAAUUCUGGCCGGGCAGGGCUGCGGUGCGCUGGGGAGAGGGGCGGCUCUUCCCGGAGCGCCCUGCAGGGCUGCGCGUUUUCGUCUGGCGAGGGUGGAGGGUGAGGGGAGAAUAGGGCUUGAAUCUGCCCAGAUCCAGGCAAAAAUGGCAGGGAGGGCCAGGCGCUCUGCUAACACUAUCAAUUAUGCAUAGUGUGGAACGUGGCUUCGGGGAGGAGGCGGCUAGCAGGAGCGCAGAAGGGAACCUUGCGAGCGAGCCAGGCUGUGGACAGCCCCUCUGGUCCGCUGAAGUCUUUCGGUGCCAACGUCUGUAUUUGCAGAAGUGUUUAAAGCGAAGCAACAGAUGCGUGAAGCGCCCUUGGGCUGUCAUCGAGUCUGGAGAAGGGGCUGCCGCCCGAAGGCUGAGUCCCGGUCAGCUUCGAGGGCUGGCAGAGAUGGCGUCCCUUCGAGCCGCGUGGCUGGCCUUGGCGCUUCUAGGAGUGGUCAGAGCGUGCCCCGAGCCUUGCGCCUGCGUGGACAAGUACGCGCACCAGUUUGCAGACUGUGCCUACAAGGAGCUGCGCGAGGUGCCCGAAGGACUCCCAGCCAACGUGACCACUCUGAGUCUGUCCGCCAACAAGAUCACAGUGUUAAGGCGCGGGGCCUUCACCAACGUCACGCAGGUCACGUCGCUGUGGCUGGCGCACAGUGAGGUUCGCACGGUGGAGCCGGGGGCCCUGGCGGUGCUGAGUCAGCUGAAGAACCUCGACCUGAGCCACAAUCUUAUCUCCAACUUCCCUUGGAGCGACCUGCGUAACCUGAGCGCGCUUCAGCUGCUCAAAAUGAACCACAACCGACUGGGCUCUCUGCCCCGGGACGCGCUCGGGGCGCUGCCGGACCUGCGCUCGCUGCGCAUCAACAAUAACCGGCUGCGCACGCUGGAGCCCGGCACCUUCGACACGCUCAGCGCGCUGUCUCACCUGCAGCUGUACCACAAUCCCUUCCACUGUGGCUGUGGCCUAGUGUGGCUGCAGGCCUGGGCCGCCAGCACUCGGGUCUCGCUGCCAGAGCCCGACUCCAUCGCCUGCGCUUCUCCCCCCGCGCUGAAAGGAGUGCCGGUGCACCGCCUGCCCGCCCUGCCCUGUGCGCCUCCCAGCGUGCGGCUGAGCGCGGAGCCCCCGCUCGAGGAGCCUGGCACCCCUCUGCGUGCCGGCUUGGCUUUCACGUUGCACUGCGUCGCUGAAGGCUACCCCACUCCCCGCCUGCAAUGGCAACUUCAUAUCCCGGGCGGAACUGUGGUCUUAGAGGCGCCGGUUCAGAGCAAUGAGGACGAUGUGGAAGGAGCAGAGGAUGGGGAAGAGGAAGGAGACGGAGAAGCUCCCACUCAGACAGAGGCCCCCACCCCAACUCCAGCACCUGUGUGGCCCGCGCCCCCCGCCACCCCGCGCUUCUUGGCUCUGGCAAAUGGCUCUUUAUUGGUGCCAGUUCUGAGUGCCAAGGAGGCGGGCUUCUACACAUGCCGUGCGCACAAUGAGCUGGGAGCCAACUCAACGUCAGUACGCGUGGCAGUGGCUGCCGCUGGGCCCCCGAAGCACGCUCCCGGCCUGGAGGGAGACCCCGACAGGCAAGCUCCGAACUCUGAGCGCAAAUUCACAGCCAAGGGCCGGGGCAACAGCGUCCUGCCCUCCAAACCUGAGGGCAAAGCCAAAAGCCAGGACCAGGCGCGAGUCAGCGUCCUGGGGGCGACCGAAGCGGAGCUGGAGGAGGAGGCAGAUGAAGGGGACGAAAUGGAAGACCAGAUCCCGGUGAACCCAGCGGAGGAGCAACACUGUGGCCACGGGGACCCUUCUCGGUAUGUGUCCAACCACGCGUUCAACCAGAGCUCAGAGCUCAAGCCGCACGUCUUUGAGCUGGGCGUCAUCGCGCUCGAUGUGGCUGAGCGAGAGGCACGGGUGCAACUGACGCCGCUGGCAGCGCGCUGGAGCCCCGGGCCCGGAGGGGCUGCUGGAGCUGGGCGGCCCAGGCGGAGGCCCCUGCGCCUGCUCUACCUGUGUCCGGCCGGGGGCGGUGCGGCCGUGCAGUGGUCGCGCGUGGAGGAGGGCGUCAACGCAUACUGGUUCCGCGGCCUGCAGCCUGGCACCAACUACUCUGUGUGCCUGGCGCUGGCGGGCGAGGCCUGCCACGUGCAAGUGGUGUUCGCCACCAAGAAGGAGCUGCCCUCGCUGCUGGUCAUCGUGGCGGUGAGCGUGUUCCUGCUAGUGCUGGCCACCGUGCCCCUUCUGGGCGCUGCCUGCUGCCACCUGCUUGCCAAGCACCCUGGCAAGCCCUACCGCCUGAUCCUGAGGCCGCAGGCUCCCGACCCCAUGGAGAAGCGCAUCGCUGCCGACUUCGACCCCCGCGCCUCCUACCUGGAGUCGGAGAAAAGCUACCAGGCGGGGGGCGGAGAGGGCGGCGAGGAGCCUGAAGAGGCCCCGGGGGAGGGGCUCGACGAAGAUCCGGAGCAGGGGGACCCGCAAGGGGACCUGCAGCGAGAGGAGAGCCUGGCCGCCUGCUCCCUGGCAGAAUCGCAGUCCAAGGCCAACCAGGAGGAGUUUGAGGCGGGCUCCGAGUACAGCGAUCGGCUGCCGCUGGGCGCGGAGGCGGUCAACCUGGCGCAGGAGAUCAAUGGCAACUACAGGCAGACAGCGGGUUGAGCCUCAGCGUGCCCAACGGCCGCCCUACCCCACUUUGGGUGCCUGGCAGCAGGAGCUUAGGGCUGGCAGAAUUUAUCCCCCCACCCCCUGCCCUCAACCCCUUCGCCACUCCCCAGUUGUGGCCACUGGGAACUCCUAGUAGGAAGUGGGCCGAAUUCCCCAGUCUCUGGCCACCGGUGGGCGUCUUUCUCUUGAUGGGCUGAGUCCCCUUUUCCCCCAAGCACACAGUUCUGGUUUGGCCUCCUCACACAAAGCACCAUUGGCUGGAGGCGAGGAGCAGCCUAUGCCCCUCCAUUCUUAUGGCUAUUAAAAUCUUGGAAAUCUGCCUCUGCCCCGGAGCCCGCCCACCUGUGCGCCCUGGAGCCAGGGGGAGACUGGAAAUGUCUGAUGGUAACUGUGGCACCCAGGCUUUCAUGGAGCACGUGGGUCUCACCUCGACCCCUACCCUGCCUUUUCUGGGCUGCACGUACCAGAAGCCGGCUACUUUUUAGUUUCAAAGCCCCCCUCCAGACAGGAAAACAAAUCCUUUUGCCAAAUCCUCCAACCCCACCCCAACCCACUUCUGCCCCGCUGGAACCCAAUCGGGUGCCCAGGAUGCCUUGGAGUUCCACGUUGUGUCCUGUUUCGUUGUUUUCAAAAGACAGUGACAUUCUGGGUCUGGUGCUAACACCUCCUUCCCAACCUUUGAAAGACUGGGUGUGGGUGUAUCAAGGCGCAAGGAGAAGAAUCCGUUUUCUCCUGCCCCUCUCCUAACUAAAAGCCCCCGGGGACCGUGUUUCCCGGUUCUGCAGAGGGGGCCUGGCGGGGCCCUCGGCCAAUGUCGUCGCCCGUGUCCUGCGGGAGCCUGAGAUGGUCGCGCGCAAAAGCAGCUUCCGCAGCUCACCGGGGCGCGCGCCCCCAGGUAGCAAACCCGGGCGCAGGACGCCGACAGAGGCUCCGGGGCCCGCGUCUCUCCCGGGGCUGGCGCCCUGGAGUGCACAAAGCCUCUCCCUGCUGCGAGGGGGACUGGGAAGCCGCUCUGUCCCCGCCCCGCCCCUCCCUCCCUGAGAAUCGUGUUUGCCGCGGGUCGUCCUAUCCGAGCGUGGUCUGUAGGAGAAGUCUGUACCGUGUAGUGUAGGGGGGAGGGCGGGAGCAGAGGGCCGGGAGGGAGGGGGAAAGGGGCACGGGGGCUGGGCGGGAUUCCUUUGUUGGUUUUGCAGGAAAGCGUCACGGGUGGGUUUCAGGCCUUGGGAGCAGCUCUCUAGGCCAAGCGCAGCACAAGCGUGGCCCGGGGUGGAGUAAUCCCCCGGAGCCCGCGUUCUUUUCUAAAUGCGUCUGUAUGUACACUGUCAA